UUAGUGCAUCUAUGUAUUCGGUGGGUUCUUGUCGUUUUGACCACGCCUUUUAUUUACAUCUCAGUCCGCUGUGUGAAUGAGCAUUAUGGACUAUGAAGAAGAGAACCACUGACAGGUCUCUUCGCAACGUCAGGGUGACAAACGGCGUUGAUGAAUGAAUUAACCAGUAAAUUCGGUGUUAAUAAUCAUAUGAAUUUAUGUUACUGGUUGGAUUAUUACGGUGACGAUGGCAGCAGUCAGUCUGACGGAUCCGCUUUGCAAGCCUUAUUCGUACAGUGCACAUUUCAAAGUGAAGGUAUGCCUGAGGAAACCGCUGAUGCCCAUCCAUCUGAGCAGUGAGCAGGUGGCACUGGAGAUGCUGUGUCUCUGCGGUCAGCUGGAUCUGCUGAUCAGAGCUCAGGUCCAUCAGAUUCAGGAGCAGUUUAAACAGGAUACAAGUCCUGUGGAGUCUGAAUGCUUCCAAAGCCAAGGGGCUGAGAUAAUAUAUCAGAUGAACCAGUGUCUUGAACAUCUGUCAGACCCAGAGCUUCAGCUUGAGGAGUAUUUGGAUACUGUAGGGUUAUCCACUAUGUUCCCUCGAGUGGAAGUUUACAUGAUACAUGGCAGCCCUAUUGACAUGCUGGAAAGACCUCCUUCAGAAGGUUAUUUUCCUCAUAUUGGGAAGCUGAACCAGCUGCUUGUUUUUAGUCAGCAGUUAGAUGAAGAUAUGAAGCAUCUGGGCAGUCAUAAAUACAUUGCACAUCAGCUGUCAGCAAUUUAUCAAGUGCUUAUCUCUCUCAAAGACAUUGUGCCAUUGUCCAUCAUAAGAAAGGACAUUGAAGCCAAUUUCAAGCAGUUGAAGAUGUCUCUUUUGACAGAGGACGGGUCCAAGCAGGAUCCUCAGCUGCCAGCACAUCACGUGAGCUGGGUGUCAGAUUUAACACAAAACAUGAUAUCAACAGUACUGUCGCUCUCAGAAGAACUCAUCGAAGACCUCAAUCCAGUUGUGGAAUUUGUCUCUAAUCUCUCAUAACUGCUGGAUCCUGAAGAGGAUGGAGAAAAAAACGUUCACCAAAAUUCAAUGAUUUUAGAGUGUAAUUUGAUUUAUUCAUCUGUAUAUAGACCACAAAUAAGACUGUGAUAAUGUGAUCCAGAUAUAUUUGAAAGAUUUCUGUUGUAAAGAAAACGGUUUACAUUCUGAGUUUGAAGACUUCUGACUAAUUGAGUUGAUGCAUUUAGAUAUUUUAGCAUUGUUGGCCUGAGCAUUGGCCUGGGCUUUUAUACAGUAUGUUUAAAAAACUGUGCAAUAAUGUUUUUUUAUGAUGCAUCUGUAUACUUGAAGUGACUGUUACACUUGUUCUUUACAUGAUGGUGCUAGCAUUGUUCAUUUCAUAUGCCCAUCUAUUUCAUAUGUACAGGAACCAGCACAUUGACUCAAAAUAAACACAAACAAAUGAU